AUGCUGGGCCAGUGCACUCUGCUACCUGUCCUGGCUGGGCUGCUGUCUCUGGGAUCUGCUCUGUCCCAGUUGUGUGCCACGGACAAUGUGAGCACCUGUCAGGACUGUAUCCGGUCAGGGCCCAGCUGUGCCUGGUGCCAGAAGCUGAACUUCACAGGGCGAGGGGAGCCCGACUCAGUUCACUGUGGUACUCCAGAGCAACUGUUGCUGAGAGGCUGCACAUCUGAGUACCUCGUGGACCCCAAGAGUCUUGCUGAACCCCAGGAGGACAAGGAGAGGGACCAGAGGCAGCUGUCCCCACGAAAUGUGACAGUUUUCUUGAGACCAGGUCAAGCGGCAACAUUCAAAGUGGACUUCCAGCGGACCCAGGACACCUCUGUUGACCUGUACUUCCUGAUGGGCCUCUCUGGCUUUGUGCAAGGCCACCUCUUCAAUGUCCAGACAUUGGGCAGUGACCUGCUCAAAGCCCUCAAUGAGAUCUCCAGGUCAGGCCGAAUCGGCUUUGGAUCCAUCAUGAACAUGACCUUCCAGCACAUCCUGAAGCUGAAUGCGGACUCAAGCCAAUUUCAGAGGGAGCUGAGGAAGCAACUGGUUUCUGGAAAGCUGGCUAUCCCCAAGGGACAGCUAGACGCUAUGGUGCAAGUUGCCGUGUGCCUGGGAGAAAUUGGCUGGCGCAAUGGGACCCGGUUUCUGGUGCUUGUUACCGACCAUGAUUUCCACUUGGCUAAAGACAAGACUCCGGGUACCAGACGGAACACCAGUGAUGGUCGCUGUCACCUGGAAGAUGGCAUGUACAGGAGCAGGAGAGAACCUGACUAUCAGUCAGUGGUCCAGCUGGCGAGCAAACUGGCUGAAAACAACAUCCAACCCAUCUUUGUGGUGCCCUCGAGGAUGGUGAAAACCUAUGAGGAACUUACCACAUUCAUCCCCAAGCUGACCAUUGGGGAGCUGUCAGAUGACUCCAGCAACGUGGCACAGCUCAUCAGGAAUGCCUACAGUAAACUCUCCUCCAGAGUUCUCCUGAACCACAGCACCAUCCCCAGCAUCCUGAAAGUUACCUACGACUCCUACUGCAGCAAUGGAACAUCAAGUACAGGAAAAUCCAGCGGGGACUGCAGUAAUGUGCAGAUCAAUGACCAGGUCACCUUCCAGGUUAAUGUCACAGCUUCAGAGUGCUUCCGGAAGCAGUUCUUUUUCAUCCAGGCACUGGGGUUCACGGAUUCAGUGACUGUGCGGGUCCUUCCCCUCUGUGAAUGCCAGUGUCAGGAGCAGAGUCAACACCACAGCCUCUGUGGAGGCAAGGGUGCCAUGGAGUGUGGCAUCUGCAGGUGCAACUCUGGCUAUGUUGGGAAAAACUGUGAGUGCCAGACACAGGGCCGGAGCAGCCAGGAUCUGGAGGGAAGCUGCCGGAAGGACAAUAGUUCCAUCAUGUGCUCAGGGCUGGGGGACUGUAUCUGUGGGCAGUGUGAGUGCCACACCAGUGACAUCCCCAACAAAGUGAUCUAUGGACAAUACUGCGAGUGUGACAAUGUCAACUGUGAGAGAUAUGACGGCCAAGUCUGCGGUGGCCCAAGUAGAGGCCUCUGCUCCUGUGGUCUAUGCAUUUGCCAUGACAGCUUUGAGGGCUCAGCCUGCCAGCUCCGGACGUCCACUUUGGGCUGUCUGAACGACAGGAUGGUGGAGUGCAGUGGCCAUGGUCAAUGCCACUUUAACAGAUGCCUCUGUGACCCGGGCUACCAACCACCACUGUGUAAGAAGUUCCAUCGCUGCUCCGAGUACUACUCCUGUGCCAGGUGCUUGAAAGACAACAGUGCAAUAAGAUGCAGUGUGUGUUGGAAUCUUGUGUUUUCUAACACCCCCUUCAAUGACAAGACCUGCAUAACUGAACCAGACUCAGAGGGCUGCCGGAUAACCUACACUCUAUAUCAGCCAGACCGGAGUGACAUCAAUUCCAUCUACAUAAAGGAUAGCCGAGUGUGUACAGAAACCUCCAGUGCCACCAUCCUACUGGGCGUUAUAGUGGGCGUCCUGCUGGCUGUUAUCUUCCUGCUGGUUUACUGUAUGGUUUCCCUGAAGGAAACCCAGAAGGCUCCCAAGCUCUCCAGAAAGGAUGGGGUUCAAAGCACACUGGCACAGCAGGAGCCUCAUUUCCAAGAACACCACCAUGAGGAGCUGUGGAAUCAAGAGAGACAGGGUACCCAGUGA